CGGGGAAACUUUUUGGAGAUAAAUGUUUUUUAAAAUCUACUAGAGAUUAAUAUAACUGCGAUUCAAGAAGAGAAGGAGAAAAUAAAUGGGAUAACAAGAAUCGCGAGAACUUGAUCCGCGGUUCAGUUUAGCCAACUUUGUGCAGCAGCACCAUCCGAUCUGCCUCUCAGUCCGUGCGGGCGCAGCAGCAGCAGAGGAGGCGGCUGGAUGUGGCAGGAGACGGGUCACUGAGCUGCAGCGAGCCGGGUGCGAGUUUCCCCCCUAUAGUCCCCCAAGUCUCCAAUGUCACCGGACAGGAUGAUGAUCUUUGGACUUCUGCUCAAUGUCUUCUCUCAUGGUAGUGUGCCAGUAUCUGCAUCCUUAGACUGUCUGGUGGCGGAGCAGGGCUGCAUCCAGGAGCAGUCCUGCAUGGUGCUCUAUCGCCUGCUGGAGUACUGUGCGUCUGAGGAGGCCGUAUCGCCCCUGGGCCCAGACGCCCGCCUGGAGUGCCUGGAGGCCCAGAAUGCCUUGCAGCAUUACCGCCCCCUUCAAGUUUGCAAGUGUCAGCGCGGCUCUCGCAGGGAGGAGCACUGCCUCAGGGUCUACUGGACUGUGAGAUUUGCAGCAUAUGAUGAGUAUGAAGUGUCUCCAUAUGAAGAACUGGAGUUAAAUCUGGUGAGAAACAUUGAGAUGUCACAUAUGGCCUCCAUGGUAGCAGCGUCCUCUCAGAACCAGUGUCUGAAGGCAGCACAGGACUGUGGCCUAUUUGAGAAAUGUGGCUCCCUGCGGUCAGAAUAUGUUGUGGCCUGCACCAAGCGAGCAACAGCCUCUGACAACAGCUGUAACCGCCAGAAAUGCCACAAAGCCCUGCGGCGCUUCCUGGAGCGCGUGCCAGAGGAGUACAGCUUCGCUCUGCUGUUCUGUCCUUGCUCUGACACUCUGUGUGGAGAACGCCGGAGGAAAACCAUCGUCCCGUCGUGCUCCUAUGAGGAGAACGGGAGAGGAGAGGAACGAGUGGGCAAGCCCAACUGCCUCAGCCUGCAGAACUACUGCUCCAGAGACGAGCUGUGUAGAUCCAGGUUUGCUGAUUUCCAACACAACUGCCAGCCCUCCCCUCUGUCUGCCUCUGGCUGUAUGCGAGAGAGCAGAGCCAUGUGCCUGAAGGCCUACGCUGGACUCAUAGGGACCAUCAUGACUCCCAACUAUGUGACCAACAGCAGCACAGAAGUGUCCCAGUGGUGCACCUGUGACGGCAGCGGGAACGAAUGGCAGGGCUGUCAGCGCAUCCAGCACUUAUUCAGCAACAACAUGUGUCUGCGCAACGCCAUCAGCUCCAUGGGAAUCUCCGCACCUCCUCCGGUGGAAAACACUCCCGUGCCAGCUUCCCAGCCCUCCCCGCGAGUCUACCAGGAGAGGGUCCACGUCAGUGUUAACACUCUCCCUGAAUUCAACAGUAUGGAGGACAGCGAUGAAAACGAGCAGGAGGAGGAAGGCAGCGAGGAAUUCAACGUCAUGCCACCGUAUUCUGAGAAGGACUCUAACACUGAAUCAGGGGCCAGAGGGAGUAAACGUGGAGCAGCUAGCCGAGCAGUACCUGUGUUAACACUACUGCUGCUGCCGACACUCAUCCUGGACUGGGACUGCUGGAUCUACUGAAGCCUCCAUCUCAUUCUCUGCUCAUAUUUUACACUCACUACCAAUUUCAAAUCCAUCACUCAGAAUGAACCACAGAGGACAUUUGCGAAGGAAGAAUUUAUUUUUCUUUCUCUUUUUCAUUCGGACUUUAUUCUAAAAACUCUUUCUCUCUUAUCACUGCCUCCUCAAGAGUUAACAGAUAUCAGUAGUCCUGCGGUAUCACAGGGAACAACAUGAGCAGCUAUAUGAGUGCAUGGGUGAAUUUAGAAAUGCUGUCUGGGCAAAUACUCUAUCUAGAGCCUGCUUCACACGCAAAGUACAUCCUCUCUUUUAACAAGAAGCACACCGCCCAAGGCCACAUCCACUAUACACACUCCCAAAGACCGUAACCAGUCGACUCCACUGAAACCAGGCUGGAGCACAGCUUUUGAUUUCUAUUUCAUGACUCAUGUCUCAUCCGUUUCUCUGUUGGCCCCUACGGCUCUUCCUCUGCCCGCUUCAUACUAUGGUUGAGUAAGAUAAUCCACUUUACAAUAAGCUAAUAAGAAACUGCACCACACUUAAACUGCUUUGUACUAGUGGAGAAUAAAUAACUUGAAAAAACAACUGCAUUUAAAACGUGAUAAGGCACAAACCGAUGUUUUGUCACAUUAUGUAUGAGACAUCUUACGCUUUCUUCUCACUUUGUGCGGCAAAAAUCGGAGUGCAAGUCGCUCAGCUCUGCUUCUUUUGUUAACACGCCACUUAGUAUUAUUCCUGCCAGGGUGAGUGACUGAGAAUUCAACCAUGGGCAAAAGUAAUGAGAUCAAAUUCUAUUGUAGAAAUGACGAGCAUGAGAAAAGCAACAUGAGCAAUUACAGCACAAUUCAAAUUGCUCAGCAUGCAGGAAAGUCUGGUGUAAGGCUCAGGGGAGGAAAUUGCCAAUUUGCCGCUGUCAUACCCUCUUCCUUUUUUCUUUUCCUUAGGAGGUGUGUUUUUAGUGCUCCUUGCCCAUCAUGUGCUUUAGAUGUUGCGAGAGCGAGAUGCGGAGAAAGGGAUGGACACAGGAUGCUGUAAAGGCUGCCGGCUGCUCCGAUCAUUGAGCAGCACAUUGAGCCAUUCUCUCUGCCUGAAAUAGCUUUUGCUGAUGUUAAUGAUUUUUUUUUUCUCUUAUGGCUCAUUUUCUUGUGAAAUCCCGUGGCUGCAGGUUAGGUAAAAGAGGAGGAUAGUGAAGUUUUUGUAGAGGAAAAAACUUGUUAAAUUUGAGGAUGAGUUUGCAAGAAAUGGCUUGUCUGAGCUCUGCAAGAAAUGUUGUUAUAUUGCCUCAUGUUGUCUCUAACGACACAAACUGCAGACUAUAAAAAUAUAUUGUGGCUAUACAUUAAUUUCAUUGUAUGUAACAGACAAGCAGCAUCUUCCAGGGCUGAAAAAUUAAGCCAAUUAGGAACUGCAGUUCUUUGAGUGGCCACUUGAGGCUGACUCCAAAAAAGAGUCAAUCCCCAUAGACUCCUAUGUUAAAAUGCAGAAAUAUGCUAUCAAGUUUACAGGGUGGUACUAAAAGCAGUUUUGGUCUCUAAGCUAAUUUCUGCCUUCAUGACAGCUCUGAGGCGGGUGAAUGUUUGUAUAACUCACUGUUUAAAUCAUAUUAAAGUUUAAAGGGAUAGUUCACAUUUUUUAAAGUGGGCUUGUAUGAGGUACUUAACCACAGUCAAUGUAUUUCCUGCAGUAGAUGAUGAUCCCAGUUUGGAGAACCAGAUGCGCUCCAGGCAGGAAACAAAUGAAUGUAUUACUGCAGAUGGGGACUCCAACAAAACUUAUUUUAACCACCUAAACAAAGACACACCCUA